CCGUCUCUCUUCCUUCUCACUACUCUGCUCAGUUGGAAAAUAUUCAUCAGUAGAGAAAAAAAAAAAAGAAACUUGGAAAUAAACAGCUUCUGCAAAAGGAAAGCUGAGCUUUGAGCGAGAGAGAGACAGGGACGGUGACAGAGACAGAGACAGAGACAGGGAGAGAAUUUAACCAGUCAAUCUCUCUCUUCUUCUUCUUCUUCUUCUUCUUCUUUGUUUUGCAUGUAGAUGCUAUUUGGAAUCCCUAAUUCAUCGUCUCCAUUUAACUCCACUCGGCGGAGACUUGCUCAUGGCUAGUAAUAACCCAAACGAAGCUGCUUCCGAUGAUUUCCUCGAGCAAAUCCUCGGUCUCCCUAACUUCGCUUCCGCCGACACAGGCUUGACAGGACACGAUGGCGGAUUGGGCGGAACAGCUGCGUCUGUGCCUCCGAUGAUGUUGCAGCUGAGUUCCAGUGAUGGCUCUGCUCACAUGACCGCUCUCACUGCCGGCUCUGGAGGAGCUGGAGCUGCCGCUGGCUUUCAUACUCCCGUAUUUCCGCUGGGGCUUAGUUUGGAACAAGGGAAGGGGGGUUUUCUGAAGCCCGAGGACGCUUCCGGCAGCGGCAAACGAUUUCGCGAUGACGUCGUUGAUGGUAGAGGUUCCUCUGUGAAAAAUGUUUUCCAUGGUCAACCAAUGCCAACAACUGUUCCUGCAGCACCCCAUCCACCAGUAAUGCGACCACGGGUACGGGCUCGGCGAGGCCAGGCCACAGAUCCACAUAGCAUAGCUGAGCGGUUACGCAGAGAAAAAAUAGCAGAAAGAAUUAGGGCGCUGCAGGAACUUGUGCCCAGUGUUAACAAGACAGAUAGAGCUGCCAUGCUUGAUGAAAUUGUAGAUUAUGUAAAGUUCCUAAGACUCCAAGUUAAGGUUUUGAGCAUGAGUAGGUUAGGAGGAGCCGGUGCUGUGGCGCCUCUUGUAACUGACAUUCCGUUAUCAUCAGUUGAGGUAAUAGAUUAUAAAAACAUUAAAAUGGCUGUGUCUCCCGUUAUCAUCAGGAAAUUGAGCCUCUUGUUUGUAAAGCAGGAUGAAACUGGUGAAGGUGGAAGAAGCCAACCGGCAUGGGAAAAGUGGUCGAAUGAUGGCACAGAACGACAGGUGGCAAAGCUGAUGGAAGAAAAUGUAGGAGCUGCUAUGCAAUUCCUCCAAUCAAAGGCUCUUUGUAUCAUGCCCAUCUCAUUGGCUACAGCAAUAUACCAUGCACAGCCACCAGAUACCUCUUCACUUGUAAAGCCGGAAGCAAAUCCCCCGCCUUAAUUGGCAUAGAAAGAUAUGCCUCCCUCCCAAGGUCCACAUCUGGUUGUCACUAAGAUGGUCUGGGGUCCCCACAUACUAUUAUUUUUUCCCCCCCAAAUUCCAACCCCCGGGAAAAUAAGUUGUUCUAGCUUCAAAUUGCAAAUCAAAGUCAGAUACCACAGUUGCUGCUUUUGGGUUUGCAGCUUUUGUCAAAACAGGGUUUGUUGUCAAUGCCAUUAAAAAAGAAAAAGAAAGAAUGGAGUGCAGGUCCGUUAAGUCUCGCCAAGUUCCAAGUAAAGGGAGAGGAAUUGUCAAAGCUCACUUGAUAUGCUCUUCUUUUCUGUAUCAAUGGCAUAGAGUAGUGGACAAUGAUGGAAGCACUUUAAUAGUGGGGGGCUCUAAUUUUUGGUUUAGUGGGUUGUGGGUCCUCCUAAAAAGUGGGUGGAUAAAUGUAUAAAAGAAUGUUUUAAGUAGUGUAUUUUCCAGAUGAAAUGGGAAUUCCAGAGGUAGAAUUGGAUAUUUUGCAAAAUUGGUGGUUGUUGUAGUCCAACAGUAAUUGGUAGUGGUUACUUUUGCUUAAGAGCAGCUUCGUGCGUUG